UCCCUUUCCGAAGUUCCCGUCUCCACCCUCACACGCCCAGCCGGCCAGCCCCUAGGAUCAAAUCCCGAAUCCCUUCGCAUUUCAUAGAGUAGCUUUUUCCAUACCGGAGAAGAUGGAGCUGCCACCGAACGAGGAUCUAACUGGUAUGGUGAGACUAAGUAUCGCUAGAAGCAUCCCUGGAAAGCUCAGAUGUAGCCUGUGUCCUCAGCCAAUUCGCCCACUCAUCUAUUAUUGCUAUGGGACGAAGGAUGCCGGUCAUUUUGCAUGCCCCGCCUGCAUCGAGAAACUGUCGAGCGGAAAGUGCCUGGUGUGCGAGAAUGGAGGUCCAUGCGGUGCCUGCUCUUGGAACCUACCAGGCGCAAAGUGCCCGCUGUGCGACCAGGGAGCUGUCUUCAAGCACUUCACAUGUGUUGAAAACCUUCUCACCACAUCCGUGGCGCAAUGCAAGAACAAAGGUUGUGCAAGAUGGAUCUCAUUGUUCGAUUUUGAAGCACACGAGAGGACGUGCCCAUUCCAGCCAGUUUCCCCGGUCUAGCGUAGAUUACUUAUGUUAGUUUAACUUUCAUUAAUAUUAAGAUUGAUGUAUCCAAGUAGUGGAAGUACCUGAUUGCGUUUUCUGUUAUAUGUUUAGGACAUUUGGCCUUACUGCAUAAUUGAGGGACUGCUUUGGAAUUUCAUUGU